GUGCGCAGAAUAUUUUGCUUGAUCACUUCCGGUAAAUUUUACAGAUAUCUUGCGUUAUUUUCCAUCAAAUUAACUCGUUUUUGUGCUAAUAUCACCAUAGGAAAUUAAUUAUUUUGUUCAGGAAAGAUUGCUUUACACAUUUUCUUUGAUAUUUGGAAAUGUUCAGCAUAGAAAACAUGUUUCAAAAUUAUCAAGGAAUGGAGGGCUUGGGGCUAAGGGAGAGCUUCAAAGUAACAUACCGAUGUUACUCAAUCAGCAUGUUCCCUGGUCCAGAAAGACAGGAUGUGGAGAGAGGAGGGAAAAUCAUGAUGCCACCAUCGGCCUUAGAUAAACUUGCCCGCUUGAACAUACAAUACCCAAUGUUGUUCAAACUAGUUAACAAGAAGACCAACAGAGAGACACAUUGUGGUGUCUUGGAAUUUGUUGCAGAUGAGGGUAGGAUUUACAUACCAUAUUGGAUGACGUGUAACCUGUUACUUGAUGAAGAGGGUGGACUUGUGCAACUGGAAAGUGUCUCCUUACCGAUUGCUACAUUUGCCAAAUUCCAGCCACAGAACGUCGACUUCCUUGAAAUAACAAAUCCAAAAGCUGUUCUCGAAAAUGCCCUGCGUAACUUUGCCUGUCUGACAACAGGUGACAUGAUUGCGAUUAAGUACAACGACAAGGCGUACGAGUUGUGUGUUCUUGAGGCCAAGCCAGGAAAAGCAGUGUCGAUUAUUGAAUGUGAUCUGAAUGUUGACUUUGCUGCACCCAUUGGAUACAAGGAGCCGCUACCUUCAAAUGUGGUCACAGAUUCAGUUGAUGAGGAUAUGUCCACUGAAAUGAGUGAUUAUAUUGACCCAGGAUUCAAAGCGUUUGCUGGGUCGGGCAACAGACUGGAUGGUAAGAAGAGGGACAAGGAAAACACAUCAGAAAAACCAGUGGCGCCACAGGAAUUAGUGAGAGGCAUUCCGAAUUACGAUUUCAAGAAGGGAAAAUUAACAUUUAUCAGGACACAGAGACAAAUCCAAAACGGUGAUAGUAAAGAAGGCAACUCGUUUGAAGCAUUUGCGGGAUCAGGACAAUCACUUCGAAAGAAAGUCACCAGGAAAUAAUCCGCUGACAAAGACAUGAUAUGUGAUAUAGUGGGCCAUGUCAGUACGUACCGAAUGGAAAAUUCUGAUAAAUUUCAAUUGGAUUCUGUUGUGCCAGUACUGAGCAAACCUGUGGACGUUUUGUGGUUUGAAUUGUUGCCAUAUGAAAACACCGCCUCAGCUAAUCCAUUGGUGAAAAUUCAGUUUUUCAACACUCAGUCCAGUUAAACUGUGGGGGUUAAAAGCCCGACCCUGUUCUGAGCCAUGAUAUUAAUUGUUGAGAGGAUAUAAUCUGAUAAUUGAGACUUGAUGAGUCUCAGUUUUUGAAGGGUACAACUACAAAUAGUUUUUUGUGCCUUUUUGUACAAGUUUUCUGCUUUGUACAAAACGUUCUUGUAAUCAGGUAUGUGUCCUUUCAUUAUGCUUGUAGCAUUUUGCUACGAUGUAUGUAAGUUGUUGCUAAUCAUUGGGGAGUAUAAAAGUCCGGCAAGAAUUUAUAUUCAAGUUCACAAAAUGGCCCCAACACUGAGUUCUUUGUGUUUAUACUGUAAAUACAUGUAGAUGAGAAAAUAAUAAAUUAUGACUGCUAGUGUUCACAAAAC